GCUCCUCUCCGUCGUGCUUAUAGAUCACCCCCGUUGUUCUCUCUGUCUACUCAUUGCAGGGGGGUGGGGGGCAAGCAAGAAAUAACUACGGGAAAGAUGUAAAACUGGGAAGGGGGGUGGGCGUGGGACGAAGCCCCAGAGAGCUUGGAAAGUUUGUGCUUUUAGCUUAAAAGGACUCUGAGAACUCCCCAGCCCAGGAUACAGUGAUCACCAGUCCGUUAACAAACUAACAACUAAUACAAGUGAUACCACAGAGACUGACAAGUGAAACGGGGGCAUCCAGGUGACCUCUGUGAAUAUGGAGGGGGACAGGCUCCCUGUACCCCCUAGUUUGGAGGAGCAUUCACGGCGGAGCAGCAUUUCUUCCAUUAGCCCCCGAACCCUGGAUGUCGUGGUGUACCUGAUCAAUGACACAGAAGUGCGGCUUACAGUGGACAACCUGCCUUCAGCCACUGUGCUUGAGUUGCAUCGUCUCGUCCGGGAUGCUCUGAGGCUGCCAGACUGUGCCCUGGAGGUCUUUUCUUUGUGGCUGAUCUCUCCGUUGCUUGAGCUGCAGCUGAAACCCAAGCACCAGCCCUACAAGGUUUGCCGGCAGUGGCACGACCUCCUCUUCCGAUUCACCAGCUGCUCUGAAGACGAGAUCUGUGAAGAUGAGCCGUCUCUGCAGUUGCGAAGGAACGUCUUUUUCCCAAAGAGAAAGGAGUUGCAGAUCCAGGAUGAAGCUGUGUUGCAGCUCUUGUACGAGGAGGCCAAGUACAACAUCCUGGAAGGGAGGUACCCCUGUGACCCGGCAGACUGCGAGAUGCUGGGAGCCUUAGUCUGCCGGCUGAGCUUGGGCCCGUAUGACCCGGAGCAGCACACGGCCUGUUUCCUGAAGGAGAAGUUGGAUUUGUUCCUGCCAUCCCACCUCUGCCGAAGGGGACAUGGCCUCUUCUCAGCCCUGUGGAAACGUGGGACCCGGCCGCCUGCCUAUGAGCAGGGCCUGCUCCAUGCCUACCAGACAGUGCUUGAAGAUGGAGCCUGUGAGGAAAAUGCUGCCCUUCACAGACAUUAUUGUGCCUACCUGCAGAAGUGUCAUGAACUGCCUUAUUAUGGCUGUGCCUUUUUCUCUGGGGAAAUAGACAAGCCAGCCCAGGGCUUCUUACAUCGGGGAGGGCGCAAAGCCGUCUCAAUCGUCAUCAGCCUGGAGGGAAUCUAUAUCAUUGACAGCAAGGAGAAGCUGUCUGUCUCUGUCUCUCCCGGGCAGCAUGUCUUGCUGGGCCUGCACUUCCAAGAACUGUCAUGGGAUCAUACCUUUCCCAGCGAGGAGGAACACAUUCUGUGGCUGGAGUUCGACGGGGAAAAUGAAGGCACGGCCGUCAACAAGUUGCUGAAGGUCUACUCCAAGCAGGCAGAGCUUAUGAGCGGCUUGAUUGAGUAUUGCAUAGAACUGAAUGCAGCUGCCGAGGGGGCUGCUCAGGACCUGGCUGGCAGUCCGGCUCCUCCUUCUGAGCCCCAGAGCCUCCCUACCCACAGGCAGCCCCCCAAGCUACAACGGCAGAACAGUGUGCUUUGCAGUAGGAUCCAGCACCUCUCCACCAUAGACUACAUUGACAAUGGGAAAGAAAUACGGAGGGUGAAGCCCCGGCGGACUGCCUCAUUCUUUGGCCGCCAGCUAUCCACUGCUCCCACCUCCUAUUCAGCUGUGCGGGGUGCUGAGAAUCUGGAACACGGCUGAUGGCUUUUUGGCACUGGGUUUGGAAGGGAUUGCUCCGCUUGGGAGUGGCCAUGAUACCAGCCUACAGACUCUCUUGGCUCAGAGGCAGCCUGUAAUACUCUCUUCUCCCCUUUUCCCGCCCCAGUUAUGUAUCUCUUGUAUGGUAAAGUCGUAGUCUGCAUGGAGUCAGAGCCGAGUUGCUGAUCUCCAUUUUGGGACUUUACAGGUUCUAACUUUGUUCCCUGCACAUGGUGGAGGUGCUCUGGAAGUCCAUGCUACUGUGGGCCACGAAGUGCCUUAUCCUUGUUUGUGUCUGACUAAGGAUUUGGUGAUGAGUCCCUUCUAUGUUUAUUUUGGAUUCACAUUACUUCUUUUUCCAUUUCAGUGGUCUGGCCCCAAAUGCUGCCUCAUCUCUAUCCCUGUCUCUUAGCAAGUCCUUGGAGUGAAAAAGGUUUAAACAGGGACUUUUCAGGGCAUCUGAAGUAGUUACAGAGGAAAUUCAACUGGAGUUGCCAGAAAUAGCAGGGCUUCAAUCAUGUUUGGCAAGUUAUGUCCAAUUUGUUUGGCCUGUCCUACCUCAUAACCUCCCAAGAUCCUCUUUUUACAGGUUUUCUAACUUUUGAGAACAAAAAACCUCUUUUUUUCAUUCGUGCCUGUUUCCUCAGAGGGGAAAUCCUCUAAAAGCACUAUGGAGCUCUGGGAUUCCUUGAUUCUAGCUUUUGUUUAAAAGCUCCUUUUAUACUUUCACAAGAGAAACUCUGCUAAAACAAUGUCUUUGGGAACCGGCUUCCUUUAGAUUCACUACUGCUUGGGUGUUGUGUCACACAAGUCUGGUGGGUGUGUAGUCACACCAGCCAGUGUGGUAAAGGUAGUAUCUGAUUGGUCCACUGUAUGCCCAUUCCUUCCCCACAUUAGCACUAACAAUUGUGUUAAAUAGGUUUCUGUUUCACCUUGAAGUUCUUCAGCCUCAAGUGCUUUCUUUUUUCAGGGCUCGUCAAAGCAGGCCAAAAUCAGCAACAUGUCUGCUUUGGGUUAAACACUAGUGCAGAUAUUGAAGGUGUUCAUUUGGGGCAGGGGGAGGGAUUAUGUACUGUUCCUGUUUGUGGGUAUGCGUCACUGUGUUUGCCAAUGAAGAGAAAAAGUCACCAGACAGUGAUGUGCGUUCAUCUUUGGUAUACUUCUGGGAGCUGCCUCCUGUAGCACAUAUUGGCUUUGCACUGAUCGAUGCAGCUAACAACCAAAACAAAAGCAGAUCCAUUCUUGUCAAGAAUCCAGUUGCAUUUUAGACAUGUAUUUUACUAAACAGUAGAACGACAACCCCUUGAAGACUGUGGGACAGAAACUCGUCAUCUUUCUUAUCCAACAACCUCUGGAUUGCUCUAGUUAGUGAUAGCUUUAAAUGGCAGUCCCCUUUCAGGACUAAAGAGCAAAGUUAGAGAUUUUUGUUCUGGGUCCAAACCUCAUAACUGGCUCCAGUCUGUUCGAGUAUCUUUUUACUCAAUUCUCAUGGGAAUCUACUUGUCUGGCAGCACAAGCAUUAUGGAAAGGACAAAGCUUGCAAACAAAUGCCUGCUCGCCCUGCCAAUAGUGAAUCUCUUCUAGUUCAGGCAAGUGCCUUUUAUUGAAAAGAAAUUGUGCCUUUUUUACUUAAUCUGCAUUUUCAGAGUGUAUGCACAGUUGUUAACUUUGAACAGGGACUGUUUAUUGCAAUAAAGGCAGUGGAAUCAACAAA